CAUCUUUGGACAAACUCAUAUGGUUCUGUCUCUCUGACUUUUUAUUCCUAUUAAUAAUUUGAUUAUUAAAAAAUUCAGCAAAGUAAAACAAUUUCUAUUGUUUUUAUCUUUUUCUUUCAAUGUUUGGCAAUAAAAAAUGCAGCGUUUUACUGGAUAGAAACUCUCCGUGUCACUUUCUCGAAAUUUUUUGGUUUUUGAGUUACUUAAACUUGUUAAUAUAGAAACUCCAUAAAUUAUAGGCGAGCAUAAGGAGAAGGGUAUCUCUUCAUUGUUCUAACUAUGGAAAGUGUUGUUUAAACUUUCCAUUUCCAGAUUCUUUUCAAUUAUUGUAAAUGAUUUUUAUGAAAAUAAUAAUAAUAAAAAAAAAAGAAUUCUUGGCGUACUCUUUUCAUUUCUUAGAGAUCAUCACCAUCAUCAUCAUCAUCAGAUCAGUUGGAAACUGAAUUUCAGGAUUUGACAUGGUUUUGCCUUGUGCUUGUAAGCUCUUUCUUGCUGUUUCUCUAGUCUUCUGGUAGCAACUGGAAGUGCUAUUCCCUGUAUGUUGCUAAGACUUCCUUUAAAAUCAAUAAAUCAAGAAAAUAAUAGCCAUGGUUUGAUUUAUUGUCAUGCUCAAUGUAUUAUCUUCCAUUUUUCCGUUAGAAUCUUGCUGACCAAAUUUCUAAAUGGUGUGACUUUUAAUCCAAGGAAAGGUAUCAAAAUUUUAAUUUUGGGUGUUUGAUUUUGAUUUGAUAUAUACGGAUAGUUAUACAGAUGGUUUAUGGCUAUUUGAUAUAAUUUCCUGCUUCAACUCGUACUGACAAUAUGGAAAACUAGAUAUUUUUCUAUGGUGGUCUGAAAGGAGCCCAUUAUGAAGACUUAAAGAAAUUGGUCACAUGUUUUGGCCAGCUCUUUUGGCCUAAAAAGGGGGAGGAUUGUCUUUAUAGCUGCUUCAUGUUCAAGUUGAGUUAUCUUUUAUGCCAUCGGUCACAUUAUUCCUGGUUCAAGAAGCCAUUAAAGGGCCUUUUCUUCUCUUGUGGCUUUGAGCUCUUGCGACUUGCCUAGUCAACUUUAGUUGAAUCACGACCUGAUAUAUGUAAAGUGUUUGCUUUCAGCCGGCCAUGUUUUAAACAUCUUUGCCUUUCUCUCUUGUCCAGUUACAGAUCAAAUCUAACAACUGAAACGUCGGCAACAACAUUGGAAGAAAAGCUAUGGGGUUUGGUAAUUCAAGAUCUGUAAGAUUUCAAGAUGAUCUUAAAUUAGCAAAGCUCCCCACAAUUAAUGGAGAAGGUAUGAUAAAGCUGAAAUACAAUAUUGAUGGAACGCAAAUAUCAGAGUCUAGCACCAAAAGGGCUGAGAAGGAGUUACCUAGUAGUGGGACAGGAAAAUCCUUAAAAACUAAAGUACUGUACAGAGUUUUCUCAGAAGACUUUGAGAGAGUAAAGAAGAAGAUUUUGGAUCCUCGAGGACCAAUUAUUCGCCGAUGGAACAAGAUUUUUCUAGUAGCAUGCUUAGUUUCAUUGUUUGUGGAUCCUCUGUUCUUUUUUUUGCCAGUAGUUUGGGAUGAAGUCUGCAUUGAUAUUGGAAUACCACUUGAAGUUGUCCUCACUAUGGUUAGAUCAUUGGCUGAUGCCUUCUAUAUAAUUCAGAUAUUCAUUCGAUUUCGGACAGCUUACAUUGCUCCUCCUUCUCGUGUAUUUGGAAGAGGAGAGCUUGUUAUAGAUUCCAGGAAGAUUGCUUCCAGGUACCUUCAGAAGAGUUUCUGGAUUGAUUUAAUUGCUGCCCUCCCCCUGCCUCAGGUUUUGAUUUGGAUCAUCAUUCCCAAUCUUAAAGGUUCAACAAUGACAAACACCAAAAACGUGCUUCGGUUCAUAAUUAUUUUUCAGUACCUUCCGAGACUUUUUCUUAUAUUUCCACUCUCAUCACAAAUUGUCGAGGCCACCGGUGUUGUGACAGAAACAGCAUGGGCAGGCGCUGCUUAUAACCUGAUGCUCUACAUGCUGGCAAGCCAUGUUUUAGGAGCUUGCUGGUACCUUCUUGCAAUAGAGCGACAAGAAGCUUGCUGGAGGACUGCCUGUGAUCUUGAAGAUUCAUCUUGUCAGUAUAAAUAUUUUGAUUGCCACAGCGUUAAAGACCCUGGCAGGGGUAACUGGUUGAGGUCCAGCAAUAUUACAAACCUAUGCAGUCCAAGUUCCAGCUUUUAUGAGUUUGGUAUAUAUGGUGAUGCAUUGACAUUUGGUGUCACAACCUCACCAUUCUUCAACAAGUACUUUUAUUGCCUUUGGUGGGGUUUAAGGAACUUGAGUUCUUUGGGACAAAAUCUUAGCACAAGCACUUAUGUUGGAGAAAUAAUUUUUGCCAUCAUUAUUGCAACUGUUGGGCUGGUUCUCUUUGCACUGCUGAUUGGGAAUAUGCAAACAUACCUGCAAUCAACAACUGUUAGGUUGGAAGAAUGGAGAAUCAAGAGAACUGAUACAGAACAAUGGAUGCGUCACAGGCAGCUUCCCCCUGAAUUAAGGCAAUCUGUCAGAAGAUAUGAUCAGUAUAAGUGGGUAGCUACAAGAGGAGUUGAUGAAGAAGCUCUACUUAAAGGCCUUCCCUUGGAUCUCCGGAGAGACAUCAAACGCCACCUCUGUCUGGAUCUUGUUCGACGAGUACCGCUGUUUGAUCAAAUGGAUGAAAGGAUGCUAGAUGCAAUCUGUGAGAGACUUAAACCUGCCUUGUGCACAGAAGGAACAUUCCUGGUCCGUGAAGGUGAUCCUGUCAAUGAGAUGCUCUUCAUAAUUCGAGGCCACCUAGAUUCUCACACUACCAAUGGUGGCCGCACUGGAUUCUUCAAUUCAUGCCGGAUUGGCCCUGGCGACUUCUGCGGUGAGGAACUACUGACAUGGGCCUUGGAUCCUCGGCCUAGUGUCAUUCUCCCAUCUUCAACUCGCACAGUCAAAGCAAUAUCAGAAGUAGAAGCCUUCGCUCUUAGAGCAGAAGACCUCAAGUUUGUGGCAUCACAGUUUAGAAGACUACAUAGUAAACAACUAAGACACAAAUUUCGAUUCUACUCACACCAGUGGAGAACAUGGGCUGCCUGCUUCAUACAAGCAGCAUGGCGUCGGUUUAAGAAACGAAAGGAAGCAGCUGAACUUAGAGCUAAGGAGAACCUCAUGGCUGCUGAACCUGAACCUGAGCCUGAACCAACCCCACCUGGUUCAGGCGUGGCUACGUACGCAGCCAGGCUAGCAACAAGCACUAGGAGAGGAGUUAAUAUGCAUUCUGGAUCCGGUUCUGGGGUUGUCAGCUCCUUGCCGAAACCAGCAGAGCCAGAUUUUUCUGUAGAUGAGGAAUGAAUUGUAACACUCUCCGAUCUAGUGCAUAGGUAUCAGUGAGCCAUGCCUGUUAACUUUCUUUGUUUCUUCACUAGGUUGUAACCAAAAAUCGAUAUUAAAAUUAUUUUUUCAA